AUGAAUUUUCUCUCUCCUAAAACACUCCCCCAAAAUCUCUCAUCUUCAGAUUAUCCAGCUGCCGACAUCAGAGCAUUCAAUCCUCAAGCCAGUAGGCACAACUAUCCAGGAAGAAGCAGGAGAGCCAGAAAUGCACUCAAUGGAGGAGUUAUCAUCGCUGGAGCACGCUACGCCAUCGACGCACUUGCUUGGGUCCAACUGAAGCAUCUAUCCCACACUCACAUAUCUCAUUAUAACACUGGUGAGCCACCGCCUAGACCACCUGAAGCAAGAUACACACAACAGAGAUACCGUAAUAAGGAACAGAAGGAGUUAUUGAAGGAAGAGGACUUAAGGAAGUAUAAAGUCAGAGAGCAGAAACCCCUGGAAAGUGAAGAUCCACCCAAAAAUAAAUACCACAAGAAGCAUAAGGAGGAUACAGGGGCAGAGACUACAACAAUGAUUACUGAAUCCCACUCACAUUAUGAGAACCAAAUCUUUAUCACAGGAGAUCAAGGGAGGGAGUAA